UCUCCUAUUAUCCCCUACUUGUUAUAAAAGGUCCAUGCAUGUCAAUUGUCAAAUCCUCAAUAGUAUAAUUACACUAACUUAAAGCUCACUCUCCAUUUGAAUUCUCUUUCAAGAUAAAAUAUUUCCUAAUUGAAUCUCAGUAUGAUUGAAGAUUAGCUGAAUGGAAGCGUCAUUAAUCGGCAACAUCUUGUAGCCCAUGAUGAGGAUAAGGGCCAAGAAUUCUUCUUCUUCUUCUUCCAGUCUCCGUUGUUUCAAGAAUUCCGGCACCUCUCCGAUCUGCAGUUUCAGGAACUGAAUCAAGAAGAAUGGAUUUUUAUCACCGCCCCAACAGGUUAUUUCUGGAGACGCGCGGAGAUUCGCGGCCCGGAAAUGGAAGCAGCAGAACGCCGCACCGGAAUGGCUAUCCCAACGAAGCGAGCUUCGACACUAACAUGGUGAUCAUAUUGGCGGCGCUGCUCUGUGCUCUGCUAUGCGCGCUUGGGCUCAACUCGAUUGUGAGGUGCGCUUUGCGGUUUAGCAGCCGGUUUAGUUCGGACUCGGACGGCGGCGGCGGCGGCGGGCUGAAGAAGAGCAGUUUGAAGCAGAUUCCGGUGGCGGUUUACGGGUCGGGAGUGAAUAUUCCGGCCACGGAUUGCCCGAUUUGUCUCGGGGAGUUUUUGGAUGGGGAGAAGGUUAGGGUGCUUCCUAAAUGUCACCAUGGGUUUCACGUGCGGUGUAUAGAUGUGUGGCUGGCGGCGCACCCGUCGUGCCCGACGUGCCGGCAGUCGUUGAUUGAACUGCCUCCGCCGUCUGAUGCGGCGGCGGAUGUUGAGGCUGGGUAAGAUUCUUAAACCGGAGCGUGUCAUCUCCGAUGGGAGCUUAAGGAGUUCGGCGAUUCAUUCUGUUUAAUUUUCGAUCUGCCGGUUCCGCCGGCGGCCAAUCAAAGCGCUGCUGAUUUUGUUUAUUGGUUCUUGUUGAAAAGACUAGAGAUAGAAAGGUAGGAAUGCGUACUGAAUUUGGCUUUUGUUUUGUUUUUUUUUUUUCCUCUCUUUUUUUGGUCAUGUACUGAUUGUGGUGUGUGUUUGUUGCAUUAAUUCUACAAAUUAUUCAACAAACAAGUUAAGAAACGAAACCGUAUUGUGACCCU